AUGAGCGGACUGGCGCCCUGGGACAAGCAAGGUCAACUCGCUGCUCUCAAGCAGUUGCGCGACUCGACCGAUGUGAGUUGGCGUGUAGAGAUCUCGCGCGCGGGCGCUGCUGACGACUGACGACGACGCAACGCACCCCCUCCCGACGACGCCAGAACCUGAUCAAGUACAUUUCCCAGCAAGAUGGAUAUGCUCCCAUUGUCCCCUCCGCAGCUUGGGUCUUUCCCUACACGCCCGCAUCCAAACACCUGGCAGACUCGUGGCGCAACGAUUGGUCGUUGGCACUCAGCAAGACGCUCAACCCGACGCAGCUCCUCGUAGAGUUCCUGUGUGGAGACCACGAAUCCUCUGCAUUGCACGCCUUUCACACCUUGGGUCUGGCAGAGGUGCUGCCUGGGCCAAACGUCUCUGCGGGAAUCGAGGCGCCCAUCUUGGCUGAAAAGGUCGGAGCUCACGUGCAAGGUCUUCGUUCCGUGCUGCGCAUGCUCAAGCGUGCUCGCAUCGUCGAGGAAGAGGGUGAGCCGCUGUCCGACAGGUGGCGCGGUACCGUCUUUACAGAAGUGUUGCGCAAGGAAUCGCCCAUCCCGAUGGGCAGCAUGAUAGAGUAUGCGCGUGAUGAAGCCAAUCAAGCCGUUCAACUCGUGCCCGAGCUCGUAAAGAGGGAAAAUGCAGGCAAGAGCGGCAUUUCCAUCAAGUACCAGCAGCCUGAUCUGUUUGCGCUGUAUGCCACCGAUGGAGACGCGCGUCGAAUUCAACGCUUCAAUCUGGCCAUGCAAUCCCUCUCCCCCAUCAUUGCUGGCGGACCUACGGAAGAUUACCCUUGGAAAGACGUGACGGGUCUGGUCGUGGACAUUGGUGGCGGUGUAGGCGGUCAGACGAUCCCGCUCGUUGCGCGUUGGGACCACCUCAAGAUUCAAAUUCAAGACACGGAGCCGGUCAUCAAUGAUGCCAAGCACGUCUGGGCGGGCAUGCCUCCACCUUGGACAGCCAGAGUACAAUUGCGAGCGUGAGUUGCGCGAGUGCGCGAGUGCGCGAGUGCCAUUCGCGUCACCACUCGCGCCCGCUCACGCCCCACGCCCACUCACGCCCACUCACGCCCACUCCCCCAGCCACGACUUUUUGAAAGUGCAACCAGACGACACUGCAGCUGCAGCGCAAAUCUACUUUUUGCGCUUUGUAUUGCACGAUUGGGCCGAUUCCAUCUGCAUCGACAUUCUCAAGGCGCUUCGAAGCAAAGCGAAACCGGAUUCGAAAGUGUUGCUGCUCGAAGUCGUCGUGUUUGGCGACGAUUCGCGCUACGCCAAUGUGCUUUCGGUGCACCUGGGCGCCGUCGCUGGAUCGCAUGAACGAACAGAGUCGGAGUACAAUGCCUUGUUGGAGAAAGCAGGGUGGAGACCCAGCAAGACGUACCGCACGCGAAGCAUCAUGUCCGUCAUCGAGGCCGUUCCUGCGUAG